AUGGCAGACCUCGACCACUUCGACCUCCUCCCCAUCCACAUGGACGCGCAGUCCAAGGCCAUCAGCACGACGACGACCCCGACGAGCAAGCAGCCGCGCGGCCUCGCCGCCGAGCUCGGGGCGCUCAACGCGCUGCACCGCGCGCUCCUCGGCCUCGACGGCCCGUCCAACGGCGUGCCGCCGCCGCCCAUCCCCGUCAACCCCAAGCGCAGCGGGCAGGUCAGCAAGCUCCGCGACAACGGCAACGCCGACUACCGCAAGGGCAAGCACGCCAACGCCGUGCGCCUCUACUCGCUCGGGAUCCAGAUGGCGCUGCAGCGGCCGCUCUGGGAGCCCGCGGCCCUCGUGAGGGAGGAGGUGUCGGGCCUGCUGGCAAACCGGGCCCAGGCGCACAUGGCGAUGCAGAACUGGCCCGAGGGCGCCGUCGACGCGGAGGCGAGCGUCGAGGCGAGGCGCGUCGGCAACGCGAAGGCCUGGUGGAGGAGGGGCAAGUGUCUCAUGGAGAUGGGGAGGCUGGAGGAGGCGCGCGACUGGACCAGGCAGGGGCUCGAGGUGGAGGGCGAGGAGGGCGACCUGGUGUCGCUGCUCAAGGAGAUUGAGGCGCUCGUCGAGAAGCGCAGGGCUCGGUGA